AGAACUUUCAUUGCGAUCCGACAACAAAAGACAUCCCACUCAAGAGAAGAAAAGAACAUAAACGACAACGCGUUUGAUCUCCUCUGCUUAAACUGAAAAUCAUAGGCUAAAAACAACAACGUUAAUCAAACUCCGACAACUUCUCCUGAGAGACUGGAUUUUUUUCGGGCUGCGGUUAUCUGGCUGAAAUAUUGCAAAGCUUGAAUCUUUGAGCUUUGGAAUUGAAAAUGGUUCAUCACUCUAGUUUUGUGGAUGAGGAGGGAGUAAGAAAAGCUUGCGGCUGCCCUUUGCUUCCAUUAAAAAGUCAUAUAAAGGGUCCUGCUCCAGUUUCGGAUCAAGAUAGAACUGAUAUAGUUGAUGAGGCAAUCACAUUUUUUCGCGCCAAUGUUUUCUUUAGAAAUUUUGAUAUUCAGAGCCCAGCUGAUAAGCUCCUUAUUUACUUAACAUUCUACAUCAAUGUGGCUUUGAAGAGGCUUGAGGGUUGCAGAACUUUGGCUGAAGGAACGAAAGCAAUUAUUAACUUGGGUUUGGAGAAGGUUCCUGUUCCUGGAGAGUCUGGCUUUCCUUUCCCAGGCCUUUUUGCUGAUCCUCAAUCUCAGAAGGAAGCAGAGCUAUUCAGAAAUUAUCUUAAACAGAUAAGGGAAGAAACUAGCGGGAGACUAUUGAGUGUUGCAUACAGACCCAAUGGGACUCCAAACAAAUGGUGGUUGGCCUUUGCCAAGAGGAAAUUCAUGAAUGUCGUCGCUCUUUGAAUAUUUUGUUUAUAUAUUCCACCAAAGGUGACAAAUAGAAGCCUUGUAACAAAUUGCGAAUAUCCUUUUUUUACCAAGUUAAAUACGAACAUCAAUGCCUUCAAAAACCAGGCAUCAGACAUGUUUGGUGUGCUAAUAACUGAUAUUACUGUAUACUUGUAAAAUGAAGUUUCUAUUUGUAAUAUCUUCAAAAACAAUUGAUGAAUGUACUAUCGUCAUUUUCUGAAAGGAAGAGAAGGAAUGCAAAUAAUAGGUGUUUAUUGGUUCAAGAA